AUGAAUGAUAACAAUCCGAUGCCUAAAUGGAUCAAAAUUUGGCUUCAAAUUUCAACAGUUAUUUGUGCUUUAGAUGUAGCAUACACUAUGCUUCGGCCGUAUACUCUACGUGGAAAUAUUUUAGGGACUUUUUACGAAUUAUGUUAUGAUGUAGAUUUAAGAUAUGCUUCAACUGACGAUGUUGUCACAAUGGCUACAGGACGCUUAAUGAUUAUAGAAAUUAUCAUGAAUAUCACAGCUUUGUAUUUGUGUCAGGAUUAUCCACAGCACGCUAAUUUAACUGCUUUCUUGACAAGUGCGUUUGUUUUUUGGAAAACACUUUUAUACCUGACAAUGUUUAUCCAAGCACCUCAAGGUUUGUUUGUUUGUUUUUUUUACAAAAGUAUUUGA